CGGCGGCGGCUGCUUUCUGCGGCGCGGGAGAGGAGCGCCGGGCGAGGCGAGGCGGAGCCGGGCGCGAGAUGCUGUGAGGCGCACCUCGGCCGCUCGCCGCCUGGGACGGGCUUGGCCUCAGCCGCGGCUGGCACCUGCGAGGGCGGCCCACGCGCGCCCGCCGCUCCCUCGCCCGUUUCGCAGCGGCAUCUCGGCAAAUGUGCGCUCCCCAAAGUUGACCAUCCGUUUAAAAAUGAGUGACGAAACCAUCCCCGAGGAGGUCUCCUCUCUCCCUGCUCAGAGUCAACAUUACUUUGACCGAUUCUCAGAAGACGACCCCGAGUACCUGCGCAUCAGGAACAUGGCUGCGGACCUGCGCCAAGACUUCAACCUGAUGGAGCAGAAGAAAAGAGUCAGCAUGAUUCUGCAGAGCCCCUCUUUUAGGGAGGAGCUGGAGAGUCUCAUCCAAGAGCAGAUGAAGAAAGGAAACAACUCCAACAUCUGGGCCCUUCAGCAGAUAGCCGAGCUGAUGGCCACCACGGCUCCCUCCGUCUUUCCUCCGUCGCCCUUGAACCUUUCCACGGUGACCCCCAUCAAUGACCUCCAUAGCACGGAUUCUGUGUCCCUGGCCAAAGGGGAGCGGCUCAUGCGCUGCAAAGUUGGCAGUGUCUAUCGGCUGCUGGACCUUUAUGGCUGGGCACAGCUCAGUGGCACCACAGUCACGCUGAGAGUCAGCAAAGAACAGGAACAUUUCCUGGUUUGUCCCGAAGGCCUUUCCUGUCAUGAAGUUACAGCAUCCAGCUUGAUUAAAGUGAACAUCCUGGGGAAGGUGGUGGAGCAAGGCAGCACCAGCUUUCCAGUGGACCCCCAAGGAUUCAGCCUGCACUCGGCCAUCUAUGCGGCUCGGCCUGAUGUGAGAUGCAUCAUCCAUCUGCACACACCAGCCACAACCGCAGUCUCCGCAAUGAAGCAAGGUCUCUUGCCAAUUUCCCACGAUGCGCUGCUGGCAGGUGACAUGGUGUAUUUUGACUUCAAUGGUGAAAUGGAGGGAGAGGCAGACAGAAUUGAGUUGCAGAAAUGUCUUGGACCCACCUGCAAGGUUUUAGUCCUCCGGAAUCAUGGCCUCGUGACCCUGGGAGACACCGUGGAAGAGGCGUUCUACAAGGUCUUCCAUCUGCAGGCGGCCUGUGAAGUCCAGGUUGCUGCCUUGUCUAGCGCUGGUGGACCUGAGCAUCUCAUCCUCCUGGAGGGGGAGAAACAAAGGCCUCACGAUGUGGGUCUGGUCCGAUGGGCUGGCAGCACCUUUGGGCCCAUGCAGAAGAGCCGCCUGGGAGAGCAUGAAUUUGAAGCACUAAUGAGGAUGCUGGACAAUCUAGGCUACCGGACUGGCUAUGCUUACCGUUACCCAUUUGUCCAGGAGAAGACGAAGCACAAGAGUGAGGUGGAGAUCCCGGCCACCGUCACCGCCUUCGUCUUCGAGGAGGAGGCAGGGCCCAUCUCCACCCUCCGGCAACACGCCCAGAAACAACAGAAAGAAAAGACCCGCUGGCUGAACACGCCCAACACCUACCUGCGCGUGAAGGUGGCUGAGGACAGCCAAGGCGGCACCAGCGGCCAGAGAACCAAAGCCACGUGGAUGAAAGCGGACGACGUGGAGAAAUCCAGCAGUGGCAUGCCAAUCCGAAUUGAAAACCCCAACCAAUUUGUGCCUCUCUAUACAGACCCUCAAGAAGUCCUGGAAAUGAGGAACAAGAUCCGAGAACAGAACCGCCAGGAGGUGAAAUCGGCCGGACCCCAGUCCCAGCUGCUGGCCAGCGUGAUCGCAGAGCAGAGCAGGAGCCCGUCCACCGAGAGUCAUUUGGCCGAUGGAGAGAUGAAGGAUGACUCCGGCAUGGAGGCCUCUCUUGAGCCCGAGCCCCCCAACCCCUUCAGCCAGCUAACCGAUCAGGAACUGGAGGAGUACAAGAAAGAAGUGGAAAGGAAGAAGCUGGGUCUGGACGGUGAAAAGAAGGACAGUGGUCCAGAGGAGGAAGUGAUGUCCCCUGAAGAAUCCACUGUCAGUCCUGAACAGAGCCCCACAAAGCCUGGGGCAAGGAGCCCUGCCAGGUCUCCCUCCAAAGCUCCGGAAGGCGGGAAGAAGCCGGGCAGCAGCCAGGGGCCUGCUGAUGCUGCCGCAGCCGACAGGGCAGAGCCGGAGGCGGUGGAGGUCAACGGGAAAGAGGAGGAACAAACAGUUGAAGAGCACCUCAGCAAAGGGAUCAGCCAGCUGACCACCAAUGCAGACACCACCGAGGGCCCAAAGGACAAAACCGAGUCGGUCACCAGUGGGCCUGUGAGCCCCGAAGGUUCCCCUUCCAAGUCUCCCUCCAAGAAGAAGAAGAAAUUCCGGGCCCCCUCCUUUCUGAAGAAAAGCAAAAAGAAGGAGAAGGCAGAAUCCUGAGGUCCUCCCUUUCCCCAAGCACACACGCCGCCUCUUCUUCUCUCCUCUUCUCCCCUUCCUCCUCUUGCCUUCUGCUGCCCCCUCCGAUCUCGCUGCGACAUCAUGAGGAUAACAGGGGAAGCUUCCCCGGCAAUGGUCCAUCUUUUAAAAAUGUCCCAAAGAGGAGCCCGGCUUGGAAUGGUACUCCUCUCGGAGCUGUCUUGUGGAGCCCUUGGGGAAGACAAGAAGCACCCUCUUUCACCCGUGUCCGUGGUCCACAGGUGCAACCACACUGGAGAGAAAUCUGCAGGCAUCUUGAGUUCCGUGUGGGAGGGAGAGGGUGCAUUUCACAUACCCAUCAGCCACUUCUAGCCUGUUGCUCUUGCACAAAGGCGGGAAGCCGUGGAGUGCCGCCCUAGGGCUACUCGAAGGCCCGUGGGUGGCCCUGAAGCAGGAGGGGGCUUGCACCCGUGGGGGGCAGGGGGGCUUUUUACACAACAAGUGUAAGUGGCCACAUCUUCCCUGAGGAAAGUUGCUCUGAACUUCAGAAGCAGAAUGAAGCUUGCACUGCAGCUGCAGCUGCCAGAGAAACCUAAUAUUUAUUGUGGGGUAAACUGACCAGGAGGCCUUCUAGCACCCCCAGCCUCCUUUACCUGCAACAGGGUGACCCCAAAGGCCUUUGGAGAAUCAGGUGGGUACUGUGGGGCAGCACACCCAGAGACAGGGGGCAGCGAGCAGUUGUCAUCCUGGGCGGUUGCAGGAAUGGUGCAAUCUUCCAGAGACCUCCUCUGAGGAGCCCCCCUGAAACCACGGAUAGAAGCAAAUCUGGGUGAGUGAAUGAGGUGUGAAAAGGGAACGCAGGGGGUUCCAUGAGUGCUGGGGACACACCGCUUGGGUGCCUGCACCAAGUGUCUUGAGUUGGGGCAGAUUCUGAAUUGCAUCGAUGAGCAUCCCAACUUCUCAUCUACAACGGGGAAAAGAGGGCAGGUGUGAUACAAAACCAUUAGAAGGUGCCAGAUUAGGCAGCAGUUGGUCUGUAAAUUCUUUGCUUCUCAGCCAAUUUUUGAGAUUGAAAAGUUCCCUCUCAGGUAGACUGCUGAGUCUCUUCUGACCUGCUAUCAAAAGGGAAAUAUGGAACCCCAUUCUGGAGUGGUCUCAGGUGGGUCAGAAAUCUGGAGUUCACCUCACCUGCAUCGCAUCCAGCUAUUAUUCCAUGUCAGUCACGUAAGUCCUACUGUUUCCAUUGGGAACAUCAAGAGCAAAGAACACACAUGCACGCACAUAGUUGCCCACAUGCACACACACUGCCAAUAAUAACUUGUGCAAUGACUACUACUGAAAUUGCAAUGGAUUAAGCUUGUAAAAGUAAUUUCUCACUGCACUGUUAAGGAAUAUUGUUAUGCGUAAAUUAUUUACUGAAGUGAUAAAGUUUGCUGCGAUUGCAUUCUGCUUUAAAGAAAAUGUAUUCCGAGAAAAUGUAUUCCGUGCAGAAAUGGGCUUUUGCUGCUCCCAAGAGAAGCAAUGUGGUGUCUAGCAUGGCUCAUAAGCACUCGGCUGGGAUAGAGAAGAAGAGUUUUACUUCCCUUUGUACGUCUGGUGGUGCCAGCUAGCAAAACCAGCCUCUGGUCUUGAGGUGUCAGAAAGAUCGUCCUUGAAAAGUGCCCAAAAUCUUUGUGUAGCCUUCAUUUCCUUCGCCAACCUUUCUGCCCCAUCAUAGACAAAGGCUGGGCUUCAGCCCCCUCCCCCACCAUUUUCCUUUCCCUUCUAUUUCAAAAGGACAAAGAGGCAUUAAGAUCUUGCAGGAUCCCAAACUUGUGUGGCAGGAGUUCAACCUCCCAUUUUGCUCUGUUUCUUCCUCUAAAACAAGGCGAGGGAGGGAGCCUGAGAAAUUUAUGGGCAUACUCGGUGCCAUAAGCAGAUUGACUUCUUCAAAUGGGGAUUUUGGGGUCGAGCAGCCUUUUGAGAAAAAGUCAGAUUGUUGCAGACCCUAAUUGCUCACAUCCAGACCGGCUGCAGGAAGAAAACUCCAUGGGAAAAACGGAAGAAAAGAUUCCCCUCUCCAGGGCCCUGAAAGCUGUAUGGCUCUAAUUUAAAUUGACCUGUUGGAAGCAGCUUUUCAACUCUUUAAAAAUAAGGGUUUUUUCCCUAGAAACUCCUAAGAGUAACCUCCCCUCCCCUUGCUUGCAAGUACUUCUGACAAAGCGGUUGAACUAUUUGCAGGCUAGGAGCAGCCUGUCACGCUGACAACUGCAGUUCCAGAAACGGUCCAUCUAGAACUGGCUCAUGGCAGGACUUGAAAUAACAGGCUGAAGACAAGGCGGCCAGCCUUCUGCUUGCAGAUACCUUAUUCCAAGGUGCUAAAAAAAAAUAAAAUAAAAACAUUACCGCUUAGCGUCUUAAAGUGGAAAUUAGCAUCAUCUGGGGAGGGGGGAAACCUUUGCUCUAUUGGAACAAAUUGUGCCAUUCCUGUUCUUGUAAUAAGGAGCUUUAAAUGUUUCCCACAACAGCUUCUAUUUCCCCAGAGAAUGUGGGAGACGAACAGCCCCCAGCAACAUGAAGCAGGUUUUACAGAACGCCUUUUAGGCCUUGUAGUUGGAAUAGCAGCUGAAGAUUUAAAAUGACCAAAAGAAAAGCGGGGGUGGAUACAACAGAAAGAGCUACUUUUGCAGCUUCCAUUGCCACAAGAUCAGGUCCAGGCAGCAGCAGACGGGAACCUCCAUGCAAAGCGAUUUCUCCUGAGAGCCGAAGACAGAAAAGGGAGAAACCAGCAGCUCCUUUGAGCUGGUCGUGGGGCAUUUGGCCGAGCGAUGCUACGAGUGAGAGGGCAGCCCCCUUGAACCCAAUUCAGCAAGGCAUUUUUCAUAUGUUCUCAUACGAUGGGGUUGACUUACCGGUACCUAAAAACGUACAAAUUGCAAGCACAGGGAGAGGAUGUCCUGAGAUCCACCCUGCGAUAAAAUAUAGGGCAGCUUAGCUCUCAAGGUUAGGUUCUGCAUCCUAGAAGGGAGCUAGUUCACGUGGCAGGCAAAGAUGUUGGGUUGCUCCUUUUGUGUAUGUGCUUGUGGAAAUGCAUUCAAGGAUGCUUAAUACCCUUUGGUGGUAAAAUAGUCAAGCCGCCUUCUGCUUGAACUCGAUGGAAAGGCAACUUUUCCUUGUACUUCAAAGUUCAAAUUGGCGCUUUGCAAAGAGCUGCUCAUUUCUCUUGUAACAAGGACCAAAUUCCCUUUUGUCAAUAGGAAAUUGAGAAGUAAAUAAUUCAGAAUAUGCAAAGUAAACAGCUGGAGAUGUUUAGCAAAAUAUAAAAAUAUCUCUGUAUUUGGUGCUUCCACAGACCAGCCAAUUCUGUUAAGCCAUUUAAUGAUAGGCAUGUCCAGAGAACCCACCUAGGAAGGGGCCGAGGGGGAUUUGAGUUGCCCCCCUCUGUAUGUUCCUUUCUGAGCUGUUGCUUCUGGCCAGCUCUGCAGUUUGAAGAGGAGCUGCUGCUUGGUCCAUGAAGCAGUUUGGAUCCCAAGAGUCAAACUCCAUUAAAAGAAAUGGGCAUAAGUGGAGAACUCAUUACAGUUAUUAAGCAGGUAUUUAAAUCAAACGGCACCUUCCUUCCUUCCUGAUUUUGUUACUUCAAUGGCAUGCCAAAGGCUGAAACAACUGAGGCAAUUGAUUCUGAGUUUGUGUGUCAGUACAGCAGCUGAACAAAUGCUAUCAACCCCACCACCACUCCAUCCGACAAAGAACAUGUGAAAUAGCAAGAGAGAACAUCAGACUAGCCUAACUCUUAGGAACUCCGUCUCAGGUGUUCUUGGAAAACGACCUGGGGCUCUGGCACAGUCUUUGGUCUCGUCAUUCAGCUGAAGCAAAACAGUUCACUGAAAACAGAAAAACGGCACAUACACCAAAUAAAUAAAUGAAGUACUUGCUGAAUUGUCCACUGGCAAUUAGAGGGAUCAAGACUGUUUGGAUUUUCUGACCUGGGCGCCACCAUCUCUUGGAUAAUUCAAGUCUGUACCUCUUGGCAGCAGCGAUCUAUUCAUUCGGCCAUUGAAUUAACCCCACGAACAAGGAAGGCCUUUUUUAUCAUGUAUCCCAUUAUUAAGUGGUGGUAAAGUGGAUGCUGCAAAAAUGCAAAAUCUUAAAAUGCACUUUUUUUCCUGAGAGCUGACCACAACAAACGUCCUGGCAAUUGCUUGGCAACAUAGUUGAGUCUGGUGGCGUUUGCAGAGGUCAGUGGAGUCCAAGGCCCAGGGGUGAAGGUUUUGUAGGAAGGACUCCUUGUCCUUUCAGAGGUUCAAAAUGGAGGGGGGGUGCAGGGGGAACUGUUGUCUGAAUGCUCUCAGCAGCUCUGCGAGAGGUUCCACUCUCCUCUAAGGGGGUUUGGGGAGCCAGGGCUGCCUGGGGCUAAUGGAACAGCUAAGGUAAGCUAAGGUGCUAGGGGAGUUGAACCAGCUGAGGGGAGGCUUGUUUUCUGUCUGGUUAGGUAGCAGGCUUUUGCCGCACAUGGGCUCUAAGAAACACAGGAGAGAUGGAAAGAUGGUGGGGAGAUUAAAAUCUUAGAGAUAAUCACAUUAAGUCUUAUUCAUAGCCAAAUGGAAACUCCUCUCUGUGUAAAACCUCUGUUUUAGACCUUGGAUCUUUCCCUUAUUUUUAGCCACUCAUUUUGAUGGAGUCAUUUCUCUCAACUACAUGUUGGAUGUCAGUUCCAUUUUUUGCAUAUUUUCUCAAAGCAAAAAAUCUGGCUAAAUAGUCAAAUGUUCCUUAUAAUAUCUGGAUUUUUUUUUAAUCCUAUUAGAUACCCUUCUUCAAGCUUCAUCUACACUAAAUGGGUUCCUGAUGGAUUAUAGCCCUUUGAAAAUAACAAGCAAGUAAAUGUGUAAUUAAAUACCAACCGCCUCUCCUUUCCCUCUAUAGGACUUGUAAGAGAGGUAUUUAAGUUAGAGAAAAAGACUCCUCACCAUAUAAUUACAUGUCAAUUUAGCAGUUAUUCAUUUAUAAGUCUGUUCCCAGAAACAUUUGUUUCAUGUUAGCUGUUCAAGUGUGGACUUUUGAAAUAACUUCAAUUACUGCUGUAUUGUGCGGAUGAUUGAUGACUUCCCCCCCCUAAUCCGGAAAAGGUGGGUGGUGUUUCUCCAGUGAAGCUGAGUAAGCCUUUUUCAAGGGAUGAUACAGAAAAGCUCAUCUGAGCAAGGAAUCGUUAUGCUUCUAAAAGUUCCUUUUCACACUGGAACUUAAACUAGGCCCGGCCAUCUGUGGCUCAUAGCCUGGCCUCUUCCAUCUUCACCUGCUCUGGCUCUCAAAUGAACUUGGUGCUGAUGGGACAAUCUGAGGGUUUCACUGCUGAUCUGGAAGUGGGAAAAGAUGGGCAGGAAACACAGGCACACAAGGAUAGUCUCUCUAUGGUCUUGGAAGUGAUACAUGACUUACAGAGUGCAAGAUAUUGUGCCCUAAAUCACUUUUUAUAUCUGCAAAACAAUGUGAUUGCAGAAUAUACAUAGCUUGAGAUAAAACUAAUCAUCUCAACAAGGAUGUUGAGACAAAACAACAAAUUGAAAUUUCUAAAACAGGGAAAAGGCAGUGAUAGCUUUGCUGAAAUUAUGAUUGAUAUCUAACAAACAUCAAACCAGAACUACUGGUAGGUUUAUCUCUGUGUAGCAGGCAGUUCAUUCUUGGAUCGUAUUGGUUAGCUCCUUUGGAGUAUACCACAACCAUAUACUCGUAUUAAGAGAUGGCUGAACUACGUCUAGUCUCAAGUCCUUGGAUGUGGUCUUCCACAGAGGAGGAGAAAAAGUGGCCCAGGGAGUUACGGGAGUUGAUGGGCAAUAUAUUCUAGCUCUGAGAAGGACAGGAAGAUCUUUCGCCCACCCCCGAUUAUCAGAGAGAGGCCCAGGUCAGCCAGAAGGAAAUGUAAUAAUAAUGCAAUGUGUCUCAAGUGAGCUGCAAAAAUUAAAUGUCUGUGUCUGACAAUCGUUGCUUUAAAGUGCUAUUUAAUGUUUCCCUUUGUAAAUAAAGACACCCCCCUCCCACUUUGGCCUUUGACUGACAUUGUAAAGUCUACCUUUGAAUUUUGUUAUCAGGCAAUCACUUGUGCAACUCAUCAUUUACUCCACAAAACCAUGUAUUUUUCUUUCUGCACAUUAAUUUCUUGAGAAAAUUAGACUGGCAAGUUAUUUCUGGAUGGUUUGUGUUCCUUGGCAAUUUCAUAUCUUCCUUUUUAUAUUGUACUUUGUUUCCAAACACUGGAGUAGUUACUAUCUUCAAAAGAAUUUAGCAGCUGAGGCCUUCCCAAUGGUGCCGCUUUGCCAUUUUGCUUUUUGCUGCUGCAUGUUUCUCCUUAAAGGUGGCUGUUCACACUAUUCUGCUUGACCAAUCUAAUGGUAAUAAAGCAAUUGUACUCUUCUGCCAAGGCGGUGGUGGCCGUCCCCAACCCCAAGACUCCAAAAGUCUAAGCCAAACAUUGCUAAAUGUCUGAAUAAGAGACUUCCUUAAACAGCUUUUUGUCUCAUCUGAUUGGUCUAAAAAGAAAAGAAAAAAAGCAUAUACCAAUAAACUUUUACCAGAAUACCAAA